AGAACCGACCUGCUGGAGUUUGUAAUCCAGUGUUAUCUCUGGCAGAUGACUGUACAGAAACUCAGCUGUACAGGUCAGUCUGACAUUUGUCGAAGAGGAGAGACAGCGACAUUAACGAGGACAGUUGUCAUAGAGAUAUAAGCGUCUGAUCAAGGCGGAGGCGGGCGGCUGGAGGUCCGAGACUUCCAGCGAGGAGAGAGAGAGCAAAGUGCCUUAUAUCUCUGCACGUUGAACCCCUUCAGUCUGAACAAGAGAAGAUGGAUCAUGGAUUGGCUGACUUUCCCAGUGGCCCGCUGGAUAUCUACAGGAAAAAAGCCUCUUUCAACUGGAAGGACAUGCUCUACUUCUUAGAAAGAGAGGAAAUUCUGGAAUUCAAGCAACAUGUGUUGAAGACACUUGAGAAUGACCCUCUAUUUGCACGGCAGCCCGGUGAAGAUGUCCCAAUCGAAAAAAUGAGAGAGCUGACGUUCCUCAGGGUGAAGCAACUCUUCCGCUACAACUUCCUGACAGAAGAGGAGGUGAUGGCCGACCCCUGGAAGUCUGUGACUCUCAGUGAUUGUCUGGGCAUGUAUGACUGGAGUUUGGCUAGCAAGUUCUUUCUCAACAAAGGGAUGUUUGGAGUGACUGUUGCCAGGACAGGUUCACAGAGACACAGUAAAUUUGUUGAAAACACUGAAAACAUGACGACAUAUGGAUGCUUUGCGCUGACUGAGCUGAGCCAUGGCAGCAACACCAGAGCCAUGAGGACUACAGCAACAUAUGACCCCUCCACUCAGGAGUUUGUGAUCAACUCUCCAGACUUUGAGGCUGCUAAGUUCUGGGUGGGCAACCUGGGUAAGACGGCGACGCACGCCAUAGUUUUCGCUCAGCUCUACACGCCUGACCAGGCAUGUCACGGCCUGCAUUCCUUCGUUGUGCCGGUGAGAGAUCCCAAGACCCUGCUAGCUCUGCCUGGAGUGCUGGUUGGAGACAUGGGCAAGAAGUUGGGCCAGAAUGGACUCGAUAAUGGGUUUGCUUUGUUUCAUAAUGUGAGGAUCCCUCGGGAGAAUCUGCUGAAUAAGACUGGAGAUGUUACUCCUGAUGGCCACUAUGUUACACCAUUCAAGGACCCCAACAAGCGUUUCGGAGAGUCUCUGGGUGCCCUCUCAGGUGGCAGGUUGAACAUCACCAGGAUGUCUCAGAUCAAUCUGAAGCUGGCUCUGGUUAUCACCAUCCGCUUCUCAGCCACCAGGAGACAGUUUGGACCCAAAGACACAGAGGAGAUUCCUGUUUUAGAGUACCAGUUACAGCAAUGGCGUCUGAUCCCGUACUUGGCAGCAGCAUACGUUCUUGAACAUUUCUCCAAAACCAUCUUCAUGAACUUUGUUGAGCUACAGAUUGGACAGAUGAUGAGGGAUAAGAGUGACAGACAAGCAGAGAUGGGCAGAGAGUUGCAUGCCAUAAGCUGCGCCAGUAAACCACUGGGCUCAUGGACUGCUCAGAGGGGGAUCCAGGAGUGCAGGGAGGCCUGUGGUGGACAUGGAUACCUGGCCAUGAACCGGCUGGGUGAUCUGCGUAAUGACAAUGACCCAAACUGCACAUAUGAAGGAGACAACAACGUCUUGUUGCAGCAGACCAGCAACUACCUUUUGAGCUUGCUCUGUGCUAAACACCUCGAUGGUGUGCGGAUUGAGUCUCCACUUCACACUGUAGAUUUCCUGGAUGAUUCCCACAAGAUCCUUAAAAGCAAGUUUGCAGCAACAACAGUGGAGGCGUGUAUGGACUCAGCAGUGCCACUGGCUGCCUAUAAGUGGCUGGUGUGUUUCCUGCUGAAAGAGAGCCAUAAGAAGCUGGAACAGCAGAGAGCUGCGGGAAAGGAUGAGUUUGAGGCCCGUAACAAUAGCCAGGUUUACUACUGCCGCUCCCUGGCCAUCACCUACUUGGAACACUGCUGCCUCCAGAGGUUUCAUGAGCUGAUUACUGAUGAGCACACACCAGCUGGUCUCAGACCUGUACUCAGCAAGCUGUGUGCCCUGUACGGGCUGUGGAGCCUCAGCAGCCACACAGCCACACUUUACCAGGGUAAUUACUUGAGUGGAAGUAAGCCCGCAGAGUUGAUGCAGACGGCCAUUCUCACUCUCUGCUCUCAGCUGAAAGAUGAUGCAGUAGCAUUGGUGGAUGUUCUUGCACCUUCUGACUUCAUUCUUAACUCACCUAUUGGCAACGCUGAUGGACAGCUUUACAAGAACCUGUGGUCGACAGUGAUGCAUGGCAGCCAGGUGCUGGAGCGACCAUCCUGGUGGAAAGAGUUCUGCUCAGACAAGCCUGUGGUCGGAUCCCUCCGUCCGAAACUCUAAAACCCACUCUCAACUACAAGCCUGUAAUUUUAUGUGUAAUUCUAAGUGCAAUUUUAAAGGACAUGUUCAUAUGUACACAACUUUUUGCCAAAACCCACUACAGUACAAAACUGCACGUGUCAGUUAAGGCACAGCUUGAUAAUUAUUGUAAGAGUCCAAAAUUUUUAAUAGAGCAUACAUUUUGAAGUAUUAUUAUAAAUGCCAGGAAUCCUGUACACUCUGAAGAACUCUAGAUGAACUUAGGAACUCUUGAACUCCGGUCCAACGCUAAACAAAUUAGAAAGACCUAAUCUCAAUAAAAAGAUACAGGUAUUUGCUUAUGAAUGUAAAAUCUGUAGGCAGCAGGACAAGAUAUUGGUAUUGGAAGCGUUCUGCUUUCUGUUUGUAGUCUAAGUAGUAUUGACCAAUCAUGCUUUGGUUCCCUGCAGACAAACAGCUCGUGUGAGAGCAAAAGAGGUGGAACGCAUUGGCCAGAAUGCAUCCCAGAAUCCAUCAACUAUCGUCUGAUGACUAUUUAGCAUUUUAUAAAAAUGUAUCUGCAUUUAUAUGCAGAUAGCAUUCUGGUUGUAUUUUUGCAUCUUAAGUUACUAAUCAGACUGUGAACAAUGACCAGUGCAUGUAAGAGGAAGUCUUGGCCUGGAUAUCUACUGGCUAAACUGGAACCCUUGAAAUAUUAACCAUUGCCCCCAGGUGUUAAAUUGUCAUCAAACCGAUAGCUGAUUGGUUCUGACAAUGGAAAGACCUCAAUACAGUCCACUGAUGGACACGCUUAGGAACACACCUAGAAACUUUGGACCUGCUCACUAGCACAUUGUCCAAACUCUGAUACUUUAAAAUAUUAUGACCACCCUCAUCAGAUAGGAUUCUGAGCUGGAUCUUCCAAAGCUGUCCAACUCAAAUUAAAUUGCAGGUUUUUCCUGCAGCAGCAUACCAUGAAUCUUCUAUUAAAAGCCUAGUCCCAAUUAAACGCCCAGUCCCUUUUACUAGCCCUGUGUGGCUACGCAUUUUGACAAAUAAAGGCCUGUCUCCAUUAGACGCCUGGUCUGGUUGCCAAGCAGGUCAGUUUUUAAAUAGAAGUUCUUUGAAUGUAUAAAACCAGGUUGUUGGCUACCUCACAUGUCCAUUACCCUUUAAGUUAUUCAUAUUCCUUUAGUCUGUAAGGGUCCUCAGCUCAAAAGUAUCAAAAGGGGGUUUCAUAAAACAAUAUUCACAACUUGGAUUAAUUUUUAACAGGUUAAAGUGGUGUCUGUAUGCUGGGUGCCGUAAUCCUCAAGUGCUGUAACUCUCUCUUUCUCUGAUGCACCAUCGCAGCUAGAUCAUUUUAAUGAUCUUUAAGUAAGAUAUUAUCCGAAGCCUAAAUUUUUACAAGUAAUAUUCAUACUUGUUUAAAUAAACAAUUUAAUGGUAUUUCCUGAUCUUUGUUGAACAACAGUUUUUUGUGAAAGGAAUUAAAGUCCUGUUCCAUAUAGUUGUGUGUCCCAAAUACAGGCCUGUUGAUUUCAGUGAUUUAAACAAAUAAUAGCACGGGCUAUUAAUUGAAGUUAUACAGUAGUUAUCUGUGUUGUGAAUUAUGUGUCAUUUCCUCAAAAUUUUGUAGUUUUUUCUAUCUCCAGAAAAUGAGAGAAAUUCUGUGCCACUCCAAUAUUCCAUUUUAAACUGUAUUAUCAAAAAGAGGUAGUGCUCUGGCACUGUCUGUCAUUGGCUUACAUCGAGUCUAACAGCUGGGUAGCGACUGUGACACAGCACAAAAGAAGACAGAUUUUUCAAUUUCUCUUGAAUGAGCCACUAAACAAACAAUAGUUGCAGGUGACACCAUCAGCCAGCUUGAGUCGAGCUCAGACAGCAGGUUCACACCGCUGCAACUUUUCUCUGCAACAUUCCAAAAUGAUUCUUGGUGUGUUUCUUUGGUCUAAACUGGGCUUAAGUGAUGUGCAUCGUAUUCUUCAACACCACUAACAAAACACUGUCUGGCCUCCAAGAUGGCACUCUAUUCAACCUGAUGUACUUUGAGUUACUAACCUGGCACAUGCAGCAGAAAAUAAUAAUGUACAGCCACAGGCGUCCUGUGAGUAUUUCUGUCUGUUAUUUCUGAACAUGUCAAAAACAUACUGACCCUUACUGAAGACUGUGUACUGUGAUUGCCUCAACAAAUUAGAAACCUCAUAACUGAGUACACAUUGAAGUGUGAUUUUUAUAUUUCUUGUAUUUCAGAGUUGAUGAUUGAUAAUUGUUAAUAAUUUAAUCUGUUGAGGAUAUACAGUUCCAUAUGACUCUGUAAAGAAUGAUCACAGUUUCUGUAGUACAGUCUUUUAAUAUAAACACAAUGCUAAUUAUAUCUGUUGACUAAUACAACCCAUUUUGUGAUAGUCUCUCUUAAGACAAAUGUAAGAUCGGUUCCAUGGACCAUGCUGGUGUUUUCAGACCAGUCAGUCCUAUGGGCUUACAAUUUACAUAGGCAACAGCUGUUUCCCAAUCACUGCAAGUGUUGUUGUAAUGUAAUGUCAUCAUCAAUAUUUCACGAAACGUGUGGAUUUUCGUAGGAUAUCAUAUGAACCGUUGUAUGAGGAUACGUUGUAAUAAUUUCAACUCACAACCCAGUCUAGCAAGCUUGCAAGCUGAGUACUGCUGUCAGCAUGUACAGUCUUGUUGAGCCGUAAUAAGUGAGUUAAAUAAAAAACAAAAAACAAAUUAGAUGUUGAGUUUAUUUACAGCAACAGUUACACCUGUGUUUUGUUCAUCUGCAAGCUGAAGUGAAGUCAAGUCAAUUUUACUUAUGUAGUGCAAAAUCAUAACCAAAGUUCUUUCAAUACAUUUUUCAUAUAGAGUGGGUCCAGCACUAUACUGUGUAAUUUAUGGAGACCCAAUGAUUCCCCAAUGAGCAAACACUUGCGACAGUGGCAAGGAAAAACUCUCUUUAUCAAGAGGCAGAACCCCUAAACAGAUCCAGGCUCUAGGUGGACAGCUGUCUGCCUCGACCAGCUCCUGUAGCAGUUUAGCUGCCCUCCCUCUAAGUAACUGACUGAGGUGACAAAUACUACUGUAUAAAUACAUGAAAAUGGGCUUGUAAACAUACUGUAGUUGAUUUCUUCUCCUCCACCUCUCAGAAGUGUAUUUUUGUGGGACACAAAACUCAGUGUGCUCGACUUAUUUGUAAAGACCGGAUUUAGAGAACCUUUACCAUUUAUAGUAUCAGCCGUCUGCCCAAAAACCAAAACCCUAAAUUACAGGUUCGCAUGUGACAGUCAGCAAAAUUAAGAUGUUGCUUGGAAUAAGUGAAGAGGGAAGACAGAUGAAGACACGAGGGGAAGAAUGAUGAAGGAAGGGGGGAAAGUAGAAGGCAUUCUGCCAGAUGUGAACGAACUCCGAGGCAAUCAUUCAGGAUGAUUAAUAGUGACAGACAUAUUUUAGUGACUGUAAGACACAUCACUGGACCUCAGAUCUGAGCCCAGAUUUUUUGCUGUUAAAUCAUAAAGAUUUUUAAAAAGUAAACGUUUUCACCAACACUAAA